AAAUCAUGUAUCAUGUCAGCAGAUAUUUAACCUCGAAAUUCACUUCUCAUUCUCAUUCGUUUUCUAAAAUGAUCGGCAACUAUCACACGAUCAUGAAGAUUAUAAUAGUUUUAGCAGCAUUCACUGCUCUGUCUUCGGCCGUUCAAUGGAACGAUCUCAGAGUCAAGUGGUCUGGGACGGAUCUCUUCCGUUUGAACAGCUUCUUCAAAGUCCCACGCGAAUCCAAGAACGCCUUCAUCGAAGGCUGGGUCAGUGUCCCAGGUGUCAAUGACCAUCCAGUGACAGUGUACUGUUUCAAAGAUGACGGCCGCUUCUGCAUCCUUACUGAUUCUUAUGGCAACAUCGCCGGCUUCCAAGUCGGUGCCCGCGCCAGGGACGUCGAAAACGAAAAAAUUCCAUACAAGCCAUCCACUUUCCCCGCUUACAAGAAGAAGAACUUAUUCGGCGAAGACUUCUGGACCGUCACUGUGUACACUGUCGAUCCUGAUGUGAUCGAUGUUGGAGGUCGUAGAGACGCAGGAGGACUCACCGGGACUACUGGCAUCUGGAUCGAAGAGGGUGACAGCUACAAGGCAAUCUCUAGGAACUUGGACACUAUGCUGAAGACCCUCGAUUUUCAUGAAGAAAAUUGUGUCGCUAAAAUGGGCACCCAUUAUUACUAUGCCAUGAACGAGUCACUUGUUUGUGAGGAAUUCUAUCCUAUCUUCCUCCUCUAUGAGGAUGGCGACCUACUUGGUCUUGGUUUUCAAGUAUUUGGUGCAAGCAGCAAGGUCAGUCGCAACUGGUACGAAUGGGUUCCCUCGUUAUUCAUUAGACCCACCAUACCUAAUAGUCCCCAAUGCUUAGUCGAUUGGACUGCAAAGUACGGUCUUAUCUCCAUGCACGUUUACUUCGUUGACAAACCAUGGAAAAUCUCCUGUUAAAUAAGGCCCUCUAUCCUGCAAGAAGAAUUUAAUAAAUUGAACAUAAGAAAAUAA